UGAGUGAUGAAUCGAGUCGUGACUCGGAGGCUGCUCCUCGAGAGCAUGUGGGCCCUGGCAGCUCUGUGCAGCCCCGAGAGGAGAAGCAGGAGCCCGUGGUGGUUCGACCCUACCCACAGGUUCAGAUGCUGACCCAGCACCACCCUGUCCAGUCUGGUGCCCCUGUGACAGUGACAGCACCACCAGCACACCUGACUCCAGCUGUGCCCCUCUCCUUUUCGGAUGGACUGAUGAAGCCCCCCCUGAAGCCCACCAUGCCCAGCCGGCCCAUCGCGCCCGCCCCGCCCUCCACGCUCGCCGCUCCCACCAAAGUUCCUGGGCAAGUUACUGUCACCAUGGAGAGCAACAUACCCCAGGCUCCAACCAUCCCCGUGGCAACCAUCAGCGGGCAGCAGGGCCAUCCUAGUAACCUGCACCACAUCAUGGCUACCAACGUGCAGAUGUCCAUCAUCAGGAGCAGCGCUCCCGGGCCGCCGCUGCACAUCGGAGCCUCGCACCUGCCCCGAGGGGCAGCAGCUGCUGCAGUGAUGUCCAGUUCUAAAGUAACCACAGUCCUGAGACCAGCUUCCCAGUUGCCAAAUGCAGCUACAGCCCAGCCAGCAGUCCAGCACAUCAUCCAUCAGCCAAUCCAGUCUCGCCCUCCUGUGACAACUUCAAGCACUAUUCCUCCUGCCGUGGUGGCAACUGUCUCAGCCACAAGGGCUCAGUCCCCUGUUAUAACCACCACAGCAGCACAUGCUACAGAGUCCACCCUCAGCCGACCCACCCUGUCUAUCCAGCAGCACCCUCCUUCUGCAGCCAUCAGCAUCCAGCGUCCUGCUCAGCCGAGGGACGCGGCCACCCGCAUCACGCUGCCCUCCCACCCCGCCAUCGGGGCGCAGAAGCCACAGCUCCACACCAUGGCCCAGAAAACCAUUUUCAGCACGGGUACUCCAGUGGCAGCAGCAACAGUGGCACCUAUUUUGGCAACAAAUACCAUUGCUUCAGCAACCACAGCUGGUUCUGUCUCUCACACCCAAGCGCCUACAAGCACCAUUGUCACCAUGACAAUGCCCUCCCAUUCUUCCCAUGCUACAGCUGUCACGACCUCAAACAUCCCAGUUGCUAAAGUGGUUCCUCAGCAAAUCACACACACUUCCCCCCGGAUCCAGUCUGAUUACACAGCAGAGAGGAGUAACCUCAUUCCCCUCUCCAGUCACCGGGCGUCUCCAAACCCAGUGGCAAUGGAAACCAGAAAUGACAACAGGCAGUCGGUGCCUGUCCAGUUCCAGUACUUCUUACCGACGUACCCUCCCUCUGCCUACCCUCUGACUGCACACACCUACACCCCCAUCACCAGCUCCGUGUCCACCAUUCGCCAGUACCCAGUGUCAGCCCAGGCGCCCAACUCGGCCAUCACCGCUCAGCCCGGCGUGGGAGUGGCCUCCACCGUCCACCUCAACCCCAUGCAGCUGAUGACCGUCGAC